AUGGAUACCUAUGAUCAGUUACCAUCAUGUUUUGAUGAUCCUAUCGGCGAUUCCAAUCGUUUCGCUAUUUUAAGCAACGUAUACUUAUUGUCGCUAGAAUAUACAGCGAAAGACUCUCCAUUAUCUACAGCGCCCGGACAAGUGAGCUCAGCUAUUGCGUAUGCCGUUCACAAUGUGUCGCAAGCUGGCAACGGAAAGACUUUUGAAGUGCGAGCAGGGUAUAUGGGGAUCUGCGUGACGCAGAGUCAUACAGGACGCAUCUGCUCUAACAACGCAGAUGUGUUAGCAAAUUUGAUCCAGGCCCAAAAAUAUGUCAAAAAUGGGAAUACUAGCACGGAAAUUAUACCCGACCCGCUCAAUUUGAUCAUGAUUGCGAAUGAGUUCAAAGAGAAGAUUGUAUUUGAUGGGCUGAUAUAUAUCGUGGUGGCCUUGGCGUUCAUUUGUAUCCUGCUACUAUCAACAUUCCCUGGAUGGCAUGAGGAAGUUGAUGACGGUGGUUCAAUGCGCGAGGUGAAGCCAUUUCCUAGCAGACAGGUAACGAUGAUUUGUUUACUCGAUCUGAUUGCCGGCUUUGGAUUUGGUCUUAUCUCCGUAUUGUGGCAACACAUCAAUAGCAGCGCCACGGUGACAAUGACCGAAAUGCUCAGUUAUGGAGCUGUCUCGGGCCAUGUGGGAGGCACGGCGAUGGCGUUGGGAUGGAUCUCUGUAGGACUGAUUUCGUUAGUCGGUCUCGGAAUUCUCGUGAUGAUAUUGAGUAUAGAGUUGAUUAGGAAACUUACGGAGGAGGAUUAA